UAAAAAUUAUAAAUGGAAGACUCAAGCUUCAACGAUACUCUUGAUUUUGAAACCGAUCUGGCAAAAGAUACUCCCGAAAACCAUGAAUUAGAUACCCUCAAAGGCCAGAUUGAAGAUUUCUUGACUGAAAAACCUGAGAUCGAGAGAAAACUUGAGGAAGAAAAAGCAAAGUUGAAGGAAGCCUCUAGAGGACUCCAAGAUUUGAAGGCCAAAGUUGAGGAAAACUCCAUUCAGCUCAACAAAAACAAAAUUGAUUUGGACAACGAGAUUCAGAAAAAGGACAAACUUGAGGAAAAUCUUUUGGAAGUGGAAGCAGCAUUAGAUAAGAUGAGAAAAGAGCUCAAAUGGAUCAUUAAAAGCCAAUCUGGUCAGACUUACAUUGAGCCUGAAGGAUAUAGAGAGUUUAAAAAGGAUGCCAAUCUAAAAAUACUCAACCAGCUUCAAGAAGAGUCUACAUCAAUUACAAGAACUGUUCGAAGAAGGCAGAAAGUAGCUCUUACAAAUUACCAAUGCGUCGAGCAAAAAGUUGAAGGAAUUGAUAAACUUUUACUCAAAAUUACACACAAAGAGGAUAUGUUUAUGCUUGAAAAUGAGAAACUUCAGGAAACACAAGCCAGAGUUCAGAAUUUACGUGAAGAGUUGCUUAAAACUAAAAUGUUUAAGUACAUGGUAUACCUGGUCUGAGGAAUCUUGCUAAUGCUGUCUAUAGUUUGUGGUAAAUAUUUCUAA